UGCAGCGCAGGGCUCCUUCGCAUGUUGCGCUGUUAUUUUGGGUCCUCGCUCUUGUCAUGGGACUAGAGCAGAAAUCGGGGCUGCACUGCCACCUCUGGUUUGCAGCCUCAUAAACCUCGUUUCACUCCGGCUCCAGUCGCCGCUGCUCCCCGCACGCGCCGGCCGCUGCCCCUCUCUGUCUUCUUGGGAGGAGAGAGUCUCCCGCUACCCGGGGAACCCCGCCACCCCCAGUGAAGCCAUGGCAUCGGGCAGGAGGGGCUGGGACAACAGCCGCGAGGAUGAUCUGCCGGUCUACCUGGCCAGGCCAGGUACCACGGACCAGAUCCCCCGGCAGAAGUACGGGGGCAUGUUCUGCAACGUGGAGGGCGCCUUCGAGAGCAAGACGCUGGAUUUCGAUGCCCUGAGCGUGGGGCAGCGAGGGGCGAAGACCCCGAGGAGCAGCCAAAGCAGCGGCGGCGGCGCGGGGAGCCGGCCGGUGACGGCGGAGCCGGAUACCCCCCGGAGGAGCCAAGCCCGGGAGGACUGCCGAGACCCCCCAACUCCAGCCCUCGGCGGGGUGGAGAUCCGGAGCGUUUCGGGCAAGGAGGUGUUGCAGAACCUCGACCCCAAAGAUAAGAGUGACCGUCUUCUUAUUAAAGGGGGCAGGAUAGUCAACGAUGACCAGUCCUUUUAUGCAGACAUCUACAUGGAAGAUGGCUUAAUAAAGCAAAUUGGAGACAAUCUGAUUGUACCUGGAGGAGUGAAGACCAUCGAAGCUCAUGGGAAGAUGGUCAUCCCCGGAGGCAUAGACGUUCACACCCACUUCCAGAUGCCCUACAAGGGAAUGACCACAGUAGAUGACUUCUUCCAAGGGACUAAAGCCGCCUUAGCUGGUGGGACUACCAUGAUCAUCGACCACGUGGUCCCUGACCCAGAAUCCAGCCUCACUGAGGCCUUUGAGAAAUGGCGAGAGUGGGCAGAUGGGAAGACCUGCUGUGACUACUCCUUGCAUGUGGACAUCACUCAUUGGAAUGACAGAGUCAAGCAAGAAGUUCAGAACCUUAUCAAGGACAAAGGUGUCAACUCCUUCAUGGUUUACAUGGCUUACAAGGAUUUGUAUCAGGUCUCCAACACAGAGCUCUAUGAGAUCUUUACCUGCCUUGCAGAACUGGGUGCCAUUGCUCAGGUUCACGCAGAAAAUGGAGAUAUCAUCGCACAGGAACAAGCCCGGAUGUUGGAAAUUGGAAUAACUGGCCCUGAAGGCCAUGUGCUGAGUAGACCAGAGGAGCUGGAAGCUGAGGCUGUUUUUCGCGCAAUCACCAUUGCCAGUCAAACCAACUGCCCUCUCUACAUCACCAAGGUCAUGAGCAAGAGUGCUGCGGAUCUCAUCUCUCAAGCCCGCAAGAAAGGAAAUGUGGUGUUUGGUGAACCCAUCACAGCCAGUCUUGGUACAGAUGGGACACACUAUUGGAGCAAGAAUUGGGCUAAAGCCGCCGCUUUUGUGACCUCUCCCCCACUGAGUCCUGACCCCACCACUCCGGACUACAUCAACUCCUUGUUGGCAAGCGGGGACCUGCACCUGGCUGGGAGCGCCCACUGCACCUUCAGCACGGCUCAGAAAGCCAUCGGCAAGGACAACUUCACGGCCAUCCCCGAGGGCACCAAUGGGGUGGAGGAGCGCAUGUCCGUCAUCUGGGAUAAGGCUGUGGCUACUGGGAAAAUGGAUGAAAACCAAUUUGUAGCUGUGACAAGUACUAAUGCCUCUAAGAUCUUCAACUUGUACCCUCGAAAGGGAAGAAUAUCUGUGGGUUCUGACAGUGACCUAGUCAUUUGGGAUCCAGAUGCUGUGAAGAUUGUUUCAGCCAAGAACCAUCAGUCGGCUGCAGAAUACAAUAUCUUUGAAGGAAUGGAGCUGCGAGGAGCUCCCCUUGUGGUCAUUUGCCAAGGCAAGAUCAUGCUGGAGGAUGGCAAUCUUCACGUGACCCAGGGGGCUGGGCGCUUCAUCCCCUGUAGCCCAUUCUCUGACUUUGUCUAUAAGCGCAUUAAAGCUCGGAGGAAGAUGGCUGAAAUGCAUGCUGUGCCGAGGGGGAUGUAUGACGGGCCAGUGUUCGACUUGACCACCACUCCCAAAGGAGGCACCCCUGCAGGCUCCACCAGGGGGUCACCAACUCGCCAGACACCCCCAGUGAGAAAUCUUCAUCAGUCAGGAUUUAGCCUGUCAGGUACGCAGGUGGAUGAAGGUGUCCGCUCUGCCAGCAAGCGUAUUGUGGCACCUCCUGGAGGUCGUUCUAAUAUAACAUCCCUGAGUUAAGUAGGCCCAAAGAGGAUGAGAAAUGAGAAGAGAUUUUUCAAAGCCAAAAUGGUACAUUGGUAUUUAAGAAAGAAAGAAAGUGAAUCCAAACAGUUCCAAUCUGAAGAAUCAAUAAGCCUUCAAAGCCUUAUUUUUUUUUCUCCCAAUGCUACUCGCUUGCCUAGCUUUAAGAAUAUUGCUUCAUUUUCUGUUCUGAUUCUGUUUUUUUUUUUUUGGUUGUUGUUGUUGGGGUUUUUUUUUGCAUAGCCUUGGAAGUUUUUUUCCCUCUUUCUUUUACAUGCAUGCAAUAAGAUGAGUCACUAAGUUAAGAGUCUGUAACCUCCAUAUGUGUUGCGCGCUUGUGUACUGCUGAGUUAUAAGACGGGGUUAGACAAAGCUGGGAAGACAGGGAAUCACAAAGCUAGAACAAAAGGGAAAGAGGCCGCUUGGGGUGGAAGGGUGGUGGGAGCCCUAGCAGAGGGGCAGCGGGUGGGCUGAGUGCGGGAGGUGGGUGGGCCAGGGGAAGGAAAAGGGGAUGUUGUGUAUCGUGUUGAGUACUUCUGUUCCAAUGAAGCCAGUCAGACGUGGCCACCGUCAUCAUCGCCUCAUCCAUCGCGGUAUCACGGGGCCUCCAGAGAAGGCAAGCAGUUUCUGUCACGUAGCCUUUGUCCUAUUGCCUCUUAAUCUGACUUGUGUUACUUUGUACAUUUUAUUAAAAAACGAAAGGCAAUCACUUCCUUCCA